CACCGCCUCCUCCUCCUCCUCCUCCUCCUCCUCCUCCUCCCAACCGGUUCCAUCUUUCAUGAAGGGAAGUAGCCCUCCGCUCCGCCGCCUGCCGCUGCUCAAACGUGGAGGGAAGGACACGGAGAAGGGACGCACGCAGCUGACUGCGCGGCUCCAUUGUUAGUCCGGUGAAAUUUACGGCUCUGUCGACACAUUUAGUGCAGACAUAUUUAAGGAGGGACUGUUUGUUUCUGCGCGAGUCUUCAAGAAGAGACUCGACCGUUGGAAGGACAUUGAAGUGUGACUGAAACUGGCCAUUCAAGACGAACGUGAGCCCCUGGACCUCGUAAGCAAGAGCAACAUUGUUGGCACUCACACCUUUAGGAGGCAUUAGGGGGCAUGAAACCGGAUGGGGUUACCAUGGAAACCUCGGAGCCUACUGAAGCCGCAGCAGUAGCAGAGCCCUCGUCAUCACAGGAGAACAUAUCGGAGCAAGCCCAAUCACAGCCACAGGAGGCUGCGAACGAUGCACCACCCGGGGCUGCACCAAAGGCCAAUGGCAAGCCGGUGGCAGCAGACCCCAAAGCCAGACCCAAAGCCGGUGCAACUAAAACGCAGGCCAAAUCUGCAGGGUCCUCCGGAUCGAACUCGCGUCCAGGUACUGCCUCUCAUCGCACGGUGAAUGAUGUCAAAUCAAACAAUGUUUCUGUAACUGCAGUCAAGAAAACAACAACCACAAAAUCAGCCACAGCGGGGGCUAUACCUAAAAGACCAACGGGUGCAACAGCAGCUUCCUCGGCGGUCAAGAACCUAACGCGAGUGCCUGACAAGAAGGCUGUUGGAACGACCAGGACUACCUCUGUUGCUGCUGCCACAGCAACAAAUGGUACCAGACCAACAACAGUGAAUGGCGCUGCUAAGAAGAGACCAGGGGCUGAGACUGUUAAUGCAGCAAGACCCAAAACCACAGCUACUACCAGCCGUCCAGUGGCGUCCACUGCUCCAAAACCCAGCUCUUCUACCAUGACAAAAGCUGGUGCUGCUGCGGUUUCAAAGACCACCAGGCCUGCUACAGCUCCUUCAACAUCUCGACCUGCAACCACGACAUCCAGGCCUGCAACAGCUACGGCCAAGCCCUCCACAACCGCAGCUGCCAAAACAGCUGCUUCUAGAGUUGCCACAGCAUCCUCUACUGGCAGGACCACAGCAACACAGCCUCUUAAAUCUGCUGCUGCUGUUAAGAAAGCAGAUGUGAGUCGACCACCUUCUGCUGCAGUGGCUAAGAAACCUACAACAGCUACAACAUCCGUAACGACCAGAAAACCUGAACCGUCUAAACCUACAGGCACCGCAAAGACCAACUCUUCCUCCAAAUGGUCCACAACAGCGAAGACAGCAGACCCCAAGGUGACACAGUCCAAAACUCAACCACCAGGGAAACCCACUAACACAAAGAAACCUGUAGCUGCUGUUCGGUUCCUUGCCUCGAACAAACAGCCACUUAGCCGAACCCCACCUGCCUCUCCAGCCAGCAAACCUGCAAACAGCACCACCCCUCAGGCAAAACGUGGUACCAAACCCACUCAGGCUGUCUCACCUUUCACUACGACCAAAAAGACAGGGGCUACAAAUGCAACUGCACAUACUGCUGCUGGUGCAGCGGUAGCAGCUGCCACAGCAGCAACUGUGUUAGCAGCUACAGAGUCCAUACCACAUGGAUCAUCCCUUGCUGCCUCUACAACAGAGGAGGUCUCUCCCCCAGUCUUUGCCCAGGAUAUCACACCGGAUGUGGUACCUCAAGAGACUGCUCAAAGCCAUGCAGCUGCCUCCUCUCCUCCACAAAGCCCUGUCAGGACAUCCUUCCCACAAACAUCUCCAAUGCACGAGCAGCCGGAAAGCACUGCUCCCAUCCUAACAAUGCAGGACCAGACGCCUGUCCCAGCUCAAACUGCAUUACCACUGGUGGCCUCCCCUGCUGAUGUAAAUGAAGAGCCUGUUUACCUGUUAACUGAACAAAUCCCCUCUACAUCUAAAGUGUUGGAAGCAGCAGCGAAUGCCAUCCCUCAGAUGGUUCCUACCACCAAUUUAAAUGAGGAGGAAGAUGAAGAGGAGAGAGAGGGUAGCCAGUUGGUAUCGGUGUCCGAAAUGAGCGGAACCACACAGCCCACAGAGGAGUCUCGUCCUGGGUCUGCUGGACUUGUAGGAGGGUCUGCUUGGAGGGCUGGUGGAGCCUUGUUUUCUGAGCUGGACUCUGAGGAAGUAAGCGGCAGCCAGCAGGGUGCAUCUGAACUGAGCGCUCCCGGUGUCUUAGAGGGCACAGAGAGCAUGGACGAUCUGGGAGAUGGCAGUCUGAAAGGAGCCAUCGACAUAGAAGGAGCCUCAGCAGGUUCCCCGGACUUUGAGAAGGUUCCCGACAUACCGGUUAAUGAUUUUGAUGAGGAUGAAGAUGAAGAUGAUGACGAUGAUCGGGUCUGUGACAUGGAUGUUGGCUCCGAGCGGACAGAUGAGCCGCAGAGACUCAGGCACGACAACGAUGUGGACGAUGAGGAAGAUGAAGAUGUGGAGAUGGCGAGUGAGGGGGUGACGGAGAGUGGGCUGGAAAGCUAUGGGAACGCAGACGAGGAUGACUUUGCUGAGGAUGAAAGGCUUGACAACUUGAACCGAGUGGUCCAGCCGCCACCUCCCCCUCCUCUGCUGCCAUCUGCCCCUGCUGCUCAGUGGGACCAACCAAACCCCUUCUGUGAUCCCUGGGCAGAACCUCUGCAGCCACAGCAGGUUGAUAUGCCCAUACAGGAGGCAGGAGCGGCUGCAGCAAGCCCUGUGGCAGACCCCUGGCAAGCAGACUCGGAGACCCCUACACAGACUCCAGCCCAAGCCUGGCUAGAGCUCGGCUCUGGGGCAUUUGCUCCUGAAAACCAAGAAGUUCCCCAUCAUUCUAAUGUCAAACAUGAAGACCAAAUGUACAUGGAUCAGUCCAACACAGUCCCAAUGCAGACCCUGGCCCCAGCUCCCCUCUCUGCCCCUGGAAUGUCUCUGUCAAGCACUCUGAGCAGUGAGACCAGCACACCAGAGGACCUCGGCGACUACAAUCGAGAUGGGAAGUUCCAGCUUCAAGCCACUGUGCUUUCCCCACAGCCUGACCUGGACUACCAGGACCUUGGCAUUCACUUGGAGAGAGGAGAUGCAGAGGGGGAGGAGGAGGAGGCCGAGGCAGAGGCAGAGACCCUGCCAGCUGAUGAAGUUCUGGGGGGACCUGCAACUGCCCCCACUUCCAACCCCUCAUCCUCAACUUCCGUAACGGAGGACGAGGCCAGCGACACAGAGGGAGAAGCUCAGUUGGAUGAUUCCUUGGAGGCUCCAGCGAUCAGCCACAUAACCUUCGACAGCCAGCCUGCAGCCCAGCGCCUCCUGUCCACUGUGGAAGAGGGAGAGGAGGCUGACAUGGAGGAGCUGCAUGGCGUUGCUGGUGAAGACACCACCCCACCUUCAGCGACAUCAUUGGCAUCUUAUGGCUUUGACACCAUGACCACUGCUUCAAACUCCAACGCCCAGUCCACGGGGGAGAGCUGCAUCAAAAGCCCUGGCAUUUUUUCCCUGGAGGAGCUUCCUGAAGAGGCCAAGGAGCCAUGUCUGAUCACGCAGCCUCAUACCCAGCCAUGCCUCGCAGAGCAGCAGUACAUCGACUGUGGGAAGCAGGAAGAAGAGAACGUCAGGGAGGAAGUGCUUGGGCCAGACGAAGCCUUGGAUCCUUCGUCAACUCCCAGCCCUUUCCAGCAAACGGAGGAAAACCCUGAUGACAUCCAGCCUCCCUACUAUUCUGCUAUCUGUGAAAAGACUGAGAACUCUUUUGCAGGUAAUGUAUAGUUCAUCAUCUCCCUAACAGCCCAAGUAAUGUCCCCAUAACUCCCUGUGGCCCUGUACCAGCCUCCCCACAAUAUCUCACUGUUGUUGUCGUCAAUGUUUGUCCUGAAAUCUCUGGGGGUGGACACAAUCAAAGUAAAACAAACAAAAAAAAUAACAGAGAGCAAAAAAAGGGAAGAAAUCAAAAAAAGAGGACAGCAGUGGCACUUCCCUCUGAUAUAACAUUUCCAUGAAUAUAUGGCUUAAAUUCCUGUAUGUGCAAUAGCUACUACUAUUUACAGCUAAUGUGUGAGCGUGCCUGGGUUUUUGGUUUCUGCUUUAUUUAACAAAGAAUUAUGUGGUUGCCCUGAACUGGCGUGGAUUUGACGUGUCUGUUUACAGCUCAUUUAAAAAGGGAAAAAUUAAAAAAUGAAGCCUAACUAAAAGAAAUGUGGAAUGAACUGUUUAACAUGUUCUGAUGUGUAUUUAUCCAAAUACUUUUUACUGAACAAAGCUGAUAACCCAAAAUUAAUUUUGACUGUAUAUUCCUGUUUGAUUUUCACUCUCCAACCUUACCAUACAGGCAAUCUUCCUUAUCCCCAAUCACGCCUCAUCUCCUCUUGCACUUUAAAUUGUAACCCAGCUUUUCUUUUCUUGUGUUUAUCUCUCUUUUGGAGUAAUGAACCUUAAAACUUUAAAUAAAGAUUAGAUUUUUACCAUGA